AUGCGUGGUUUAUCACUUGAAAAGCAAAUGCUUGAAUAUAGAAGUAAAUUUAUUCGUGAAGAUGAAACAGCACCUUUUUAUAAACUAUAUCAAUUAUCAACAAUACCAUCAAAGCCAGCCUUAGUACGAACUACAAAAAAUAUUGAUGAAGGCACAUCGAUAAAAGUUGAAGUAUGGGAAAUGCCAUUAUCAUCAUUUGGUGCAUUUACAGCACAAAUUCCAUCACCAUUAAGUAUUGGUAAAGUCAUUUUAAAACAUGGAAGUCAAAUACCAUGA